UAAGUGGGUAAAUUCGUAUUCGAAAAUAUUGAAGUCAAUGCCAUCGGCCUUAAGCGGAUAAUGCUACUAAAUUGAAAAGCGCACAAGUAGCAGGAGUUGAUAUCGAAUUGUUUAUCUCUUUCUUCUUUCGUCGUAUUAUUUGAUAAUCGGGUCGCGAAUGAUGUCAUACCAAACCAAGCUUAUUUUAAAUGUGACGUAGUAUUACACCUAUUCGUAAGCCGUGUCACGGACUCGGUAGUUGUGUGCUGGAAAAACUAACCUUUUAUCACACGUUUUAGUGAUUUUUGAACAAAAAGGAUCAAGGAUAUGUCUUACUAUCAACACAAAACGGCAGGCUUUAACCCACCGCCGCCUCUCAACAACCAGAUGCGACUCUACCAUGUUGAUAUGAACCCAUACGGUCAUCGGGUGAUGCUAAUCCUCGAAGCUAAGAAGGCUAAAUACGAAGUAUAUCAGUUGGAUCCAUUGCACUUACCCGAAUGGUUCAGAGAAAAAAAUCCAAGACUGAAAAUUCCCGUUCUUGAGAUACCAACAGAUCAAGGGGAUAAAUAUUUAUUCGAAAGCGUAGUUAUCUGUGACUACUUAGAUGAAAGGUUUCCGAGGAAUCCCCUGCACUCCAAAGACCCUUACGUGAAGGCCCAAGAUCGUCUUCUUAUAGAAAGGUUUAAUGAGCUAAUUAAAGGAAGCCUGGAAUGUUUUGAUACCAACUUUGCCUUUGGCAGUGAACAAAUAAUACAAACAUUAGACGUAUUUGAGAAAGAAUUGGCCACGAGAGGUACAAAUUACUUCGGUGGAAAUCGACCUGGAAUGUUGGACUACAUGAUCUGGCCUUGGGUUGAGAGACUUUAUUUAUUACGUUGUGUCAACGAGCAAAAGUUCGACGAGAAAAGGCCAAUAUUUCCUAACUUCGCUGACUGGGGAGAUCAAAUGCAACUUGAUGAUGUUGUUAAAAAACAUUCUAGAUCGCCGGCGGAAUAUUUCGAUUACUACAGAAAUGCGAGAGCACAUUCAAUGGGAUACUAUCUUUAGAUUAACUAAACUGUUUGAUCAAGUUAUCUAUAAUCAUAGAUAAUUUGUUUAUCCAA